UGUGCACUCUUCAGCCGCGGAAAGCAUGAGACGAUCGAAAGUCCCUUAGACAACUUCGAAUUUUUCGUCGAAGCUCCGAAGGUGUUAUGCUUUGCAAAGUAUUUAAUAACUGUAACGUUUAGCAUUAGCGCGAUUCUGUAUAUUCUACAGCAUUUCGAAAAUUCGUUCACUGGUGCUUUAAAGAACUUUUAAAGAUUUUAGUGAAAUGCUCAUACGGUAUCCGGAGCGACUUCUGUGUGUCGUGGUGUUCAUCGUGCUUGUGGAGGCUAGCGUAGAUAGCAGCGACCCGUACUCCACCUUCAAGAAUGUCCUUCAGUGUCUGCGAAGAGAGUACACGCUGAGGGCGAGCCGAUCCGACGAUUUCGGGAGGCGGUGCUGGGACGUCAUCCGGACCACUUCUUGCUGGGGCAGGUGCGAUUCUUUUGAGAUCCCAGAUUGGAGGUUUCCCUACAAGAUCUCCAUUCAUCCCGUCUGCAUGCACGAUCAGAAAAUCUUGCGAAAAGUGCGCCUACGCCACUGCGAUCCCCCUGAUACCGAUGACGAAUUACGGAUUUACGAAUACUACGACGCAGCUACCUGUUCUUGUGGCGUCUGCAACUCAUCCGAUACGUUCUGUGAUUGGAAAGGUCACACUUCAAGCCAGAAGACUCUGCUGCCUGCCGGUUCAAGAGAUGACGUCACAGACUAACCAGCUGAUUGGCUAUCGAUGGGCAUUAUGAUCCAGGAUCCUGAUAUAAAAGAAUUUUGUAAUGACAAUAAUUGUAGUAGAAAGUAGAAUGUUUAGAAUACAGAACUGGCUGCGACGUCACUCGAAUGUUCGAUUUUAAAGCGAAAGAUUUUGAGGAAUCCUAUUUUUUAAGUUACUUGAUUGAAGCUCAUUCAUUUUGGUAACUGGUGCAAAAAUAAAUUUUUGUGACGUCGCUUUAAAGAUUAUUCCUUUUUUUAGAAUAUUCUGUAACUAUGUAAAUUGAUCUUUUAUGUACGAUGCUUUAAGAUACUUGUUCGUAAUAGUGUAGCUUGAAAAUAAAGACUCAUUAAUUGUCAUAAUCAAUCACUGAUAAAAUCUAUCUGAAAUAGGUAUAUUAUUUAAUUUAAUGCUAUGUUUUCUGGGUAAUUUGACAAUUUUUAUUGGUUCAUAGAAGCCGCCGCUUAAUGGAAUGUGAUAUUAAGUUUUAGACUAAUAUAAUUCUAUUUAAAGACUAACACUUAGCAUUGAGUGGUUUUCCACUUGCUGUUAGUUCUCCUUAAGAACACAAAUUAUAAUUAAGAAUACAGAGGACUAAUCCAUGACCUCUACAGUCAAUAGAGAUCGUAAAAGUUAAAGAUGAUUUCGGAAUCACAGAUACAAUGACUGAGAUUGUAGAAUGGAAUCAAUUUAUGUCAUAGCAAAAUGAGAAAUAUAACUCCACGUGUCAUCCUAACAAGCAAAA